CCGAGCCUGUGUGUUGGGUAGAGUGCCGCGUCGCCCCUGCUGCAGCAGCUCUCCUUUGCGUGCCCGUUGUGGCGGUCCCGGUCUAGGAAGUUUGAAUGAGAGACAACUGGGAGUCCGAGUUGGCCAAAUUACCACUAUCUGUCCGCUGCUGCCUUUGGACACACAAUGGCAGCACCGUCGUCCUCGGCGGCUGUCCAGCCGUCGACCACUCCGGCGGCUGAGGACGAAAAGGAGAAGCCGCGUCUGACAGACAAGGAGAAGAAGGCGAACCACAUCGCCUCCGAGCAAAAGCGGCGGCAGGCUAUCCGGGAAGGCUUUGACAAGCUUGCGGAGCUUGUCCCGGGCAUGGAGGGCUUGGCCCGCUCGGAGGGCGUCGUGCUUCAUGGCACGGUUGACUACAUCAGGAAGCUGCUGUUGGAGAGGAGGCAGAUGAUCAAGGAUCUCGAAGCGAAGGGCGUGGCCGUGGAUAUGGAGUUGAAGAUGGCGCUGGAGAUGCUGCCAGAGGGUUGGCUCGACGACGUCCCGGACGAGCUGGACAAGAGCCGCGAGCAGAGCCACGCGGAAGGAAGUAGUACGAGCCCGGCAGAUGGCAGUGAGACGGAGAGUGCGGCAUGAGGAGGCCCAAUCCCGCGGCCGCGGCCUUGGAUUCACGAACCA